AUGAAGGCUACAUCUUUACACAAAAUUCCUAAUAUGUACCUGAUACUUUUACAGGCUGUUCUUUAUCUAUCUAUAUAUCUAUCUAUCUCAGUAUGUCAUAUAUCUAUCUAUCUCAGGCUGUUAUCUAUCUAUCUCAAGCUGUUCUUUAUCUAUCUAUAUAUCUAUCUAUCUCAGUAUGUCAUAUAUCUAUCUAUCUCAGGCUGUUAUCUAUUUAUCUCAAGCUGUUCUUUAUCUAUCUAUAUAUCUAUCUAUCUCAGUAUGUCAUAUAUCUAUCUAUCUCAGGCUGUUAUCUAUUUAUCUCAAGCUGUUCUUUAUCUAUCUAUAUAUCUAUCUAUCUCAGUAUGUCAUAUAUCUAUCUAUCUCAGGCUGUUAUCUAUCUAUCUCAAGCUGUUCUUUAUCUAUCUAUAUAUCUAUCUAUCUCAGUAUGUCAUAUAUCUAUCUAUCUCAGGCUGUUAUCUAUCUAUCUCAAGCUGUUCUUUAUCUAUCUAUAUAUCUAUCUAUCUCAGUAUGUCAUAUAUCUAUCUAUCUCAGGCUGUUAUCUAUUUAUCUCAAGCUGUUCUUUAUCUAUCUAUCUAUCUAUCUAUCUAUCUAUCUAUCUCAGUCUGUUAUCCAUCUUUCUCAGCCUGUUCUUUAUCUAUUUAUCUGUCUCAGUCUGUUAUCUAUCUAUCUAUCUCAGUCUGUUAUCUAAUCUAUCCCAGGCUGUUCUUUAUCUAUCUAUCUAUCUAUCUAUCUAUCUAUCUAUCUAUCUAUCUCAGUCUGUUAUCUAAUCUAUCCCAGGCUGUUUUUUAUCUAUCUAUCUAUCUAUCUAUCUAUCUAUCUCUUCAGUGCCUGCAGCAUGCCAAGAGGGAGACGCACGUGCAGCUCUGUCUAAUGGAUGGCAUCGUCAUGUUUGAGACAAUGUGCUUUGUCACAGACACCAACAACAUCGACAACGGAGAUGAGGACGAUGACGACAGCAACGGCAAAACAGGUGAUGAAGACGACGGAACAGGUGAUGAAAGCCAGGACAGAAAGGGAGGUGAAGAGAGUGAUGAUGAUGAUGAUGAUGAUGAACUUGAAGAGGACUGGUAUUACUUUUUUCAUAUCUAUGUCUAUUUUGAUCUAUCUAUCAAUUUAUCUAUGUCUGUUUUUGUCUAUCCAUGUCUGUUUCUAUCUAUCUAUCUAUCUAUCUACUCAUAUAUUGUCUAUCUAUCUAUCUGUUCAUAUAUAUUUCUCACUCCGUUAAAUAUCUAUCUAUCUUUCUAUCUAUCUAUCUAUGUAUCUCACCAUGUUCUAUCUAUCUGUUCAUAUCUAUUUUUCUGUCUCACUCUGUUCAUACCUAUGUUUGUCUAUCUAUCUAUCUAUCUGUUUCUAUUUAUUCAUCUAUGUCUGUUUCAAUCUAUCUAUAUCUGCCUGUAUCUAUCUAUCACUGUCUGUUUCUGUCUGUCUCUAUCUAUCUAUCUAUCUAUCUAUCUAUCUAUCUAUCUAUCUAUCUAUCUAUGCCUGUUUCAAUCUGUCUGUUUCUAUCUGUCUGUCUGCUUAUAUCUAUCUAUCUAUCUAUCUAUCUAUCUAUCUAUCUAUGUCAGUUUCUUUGUUUCUAUCUAUUUAUCUAUGUCGGUUUCUUUCUUUCUUUCUUUCUUUCUGUCUAUCUCUGUUUGUCUAUGUCUGUUUCUAUCUAUCUAUCUAUCUAUCUAUCUAUCUAUCUAUCUAUCUGUUUCUCUCUAUUUAUCUAUGUCUGUUUCUUUCUUUCUUUCUAUCUAUCUAUCUAUGUCUGUUUCAAUGUAUCUAUUUACCUAUCUAUGUCUGUCUGUUUCUAUCUAUCUAUGCUUAUCUGUCUCUGUAUCUAUCUAUAAAUCUCUCUCUCUCAAUCUGUCCCUAUCUAUUUAUCUUAAUCUGUUCCUAUCUUUCUAUCUAUCUGUUAUCAUCUAUCAAUGUACUGAUGGUUUUAUUCAUAUUUAUCUUUCUAUCUAUUUGUCUGUUCAUAUCUAUUUCAGUUUGUUCAUAUAUAUCUAUUUUUCUAUCUAUGGCAGUUUAUUCAUAUCUAUCUAUCUAUCUUUGUUCAUAUCUAUUUAUUUAUCUCUCUCUUCUGCUAUCUAUCUAUCUCAGUCUGCUAUCUAUCUAUCUAUCUAUCUAUCUAUCUCAGUCUGCUAUCUAUCUAUCUAUCUCAGUCUGCUAUCUAUCUAUCUAUCUAUCUAUCUCAGUCUGCUAUCUAUCUAUCUAUCUAUCUCAGUCUGCUAUCUAUCUAUCUAUCUAUCUAUCUAUCUAUCUAUCUAUCUAUCUAUCUAUCUCAGUCUGCUAUCUAUCUAUCUAUCUAUCUAUCUAUCUGAUACAUAUCACUAUCUAUCUAUCUAUCUAUCUAUCUAUUUCAGCCAUGAUAAAGAAUUAUCUAUCUAUCUAUCUAUCUAUCUCAGUUUGUUCAUAUCUAUCUAUCUAUCUAUCUGUUUCAUUAAAGAUGAAGGCAAAGUACUGUGA